CAUUACAAAUAUACUACUCACACAAGAUAUACAUAAAACAUAACACUCCAACUUAUAAAAUAAAACAAAAAAAAGAUAUAUUCACAAUGCCGUGUUUUAAGCAAGAGAAGAGCCUAGAUUUCCGCUCCCGGCGGGAUACCACAAACGAUACGGAUCCGAUGGCUCCGAAGCCAGUUCGUCCGCGGGCCAUAAAAUACCAUGGACUCUUCGGCAUGUCCAUUGCGGCCCAGCAUCUCAUUGUUGACGAUAACUGGACUCCGGGUUCGGUGAAUGAGCAAUUUGCAAACAUGGCCGAACUUCUAGAACGGCGCGUAAUAUACAAACGACAUGAGACCAAGACGAAUCAUUCGCGUCUUUUGGUGGAGAGAAAGCAUUUGAAAACGCAGUGCACCGAUGGACGCCUUAAGCUGAAGAAAAUCUCGUCCGGGAAUAACGCCCAUAAGAUACGCAACAUGUUGAUCAAGCAUAGGGAUAUGCAACGUCUCUACCAAAAUAUGCCCAUUCACCUGAUUGCGGACAAUAUUAAUCAGCGCACCUUUGUCCUGCGCAAGGAGCGGGAUCGUCUGGAGGCGCGUUUGUCGGUGCUAAAACCGCAAUAUAAAAACUUAUUAGUAAAUCGAUCGAAGGUGGAAAAUCUGAUCAAGUAUAAGAAUGAGUUUGUGCUGGAGGAGGAGCAGCAAUCGCGCGUAUUACGAAAGAAAAUAGAAAAUUCUAACUUGCGUUUGAAAGCCAUUCGCACCAUUAACACCACAUACAAGAAAAUGAUCCAGGUGCUAUUACAGGACGAAAUAUUUUAUGAACCAAUCUUGCGCUCUCUCGACGACGACAUGCAGGAUCAGGUGAAUUUUAUAAAGCAUAUACUCUACCUUGGCAUGCCAGCGAUAGCCAAAUUUAAGGAACUCAAUAACAAGUUUUUGCAAUUGGAGUCGAAGUCGCGAAAAAAUCUUAGAGCCAAGCUACAAAUAUUGAACUCCCUGAAAAAGCCCGUUGUUAGCGGCCAGCCGGUCGUCGUCAAGGUCAAAGAGUUAUCAGCAGACCCCAAGCGCUAUGUGCGUAAGACCAAGAGCAUGCAAGCUCUCAAAGCCCAGCUGCGGUCCAUUGAAAAAACGAUUAAAAACUUAAAAUUAAAGACCUUAUGCUCGCAAGCAAAGGAGAUCUAUCCUCGCAUUAAGGGUAGAUUUAAGGACAAUGUAAACAUGCGUCGUAAGAAUGAACAUGAUUGGCAAAGUAAACAAAUGCUGCGCACCAAAAAGAAAUGCGCUACUUUGCUCUCGGCUCUAUUAAUAAACAAUCUAUCGGAGGAGGAAAUUAAUCGUCUGGCGCGCAUCAAAGAAUUAAAAGAAAUUCUGAUACUUGAAAACGAAUUUGAGGAGGAAACUGUCUCGCAUAUUAGGAACCGCGCCGAUCUCUAUGUGAUGUUGCGCUUAUUUCUUUGGAAUUUGGUAGUAGUCCUCCGCCAUGUAAAUCGCAGUCCCAAAGAAGUUCGCAAAGAUUAUCCAAAUUCGUAUUUAAGGCUGCCGCUUCUCAAAUUCGAGCUGUACAACGUGUAUGCUGUGCCCCCCGAGCUGGUUCCGGCAGAUAUCGAUGUAAUUAUGACUUUUCUCAAGCGUUCUGUAUACAAGCUGAUGAAGGGCUACAGUCCGCAGAUGAGUGCAAGUUUAAAGCAGAGUAAAAAUAGUUAUCAUCUCGCUUUCCUGGCUACUUUUGAGCAGCGCGAAACCAACCAAGGCGAAGAGCAAGAUAUAGUGGCGUUAGGAGAUGAUUUAAUUAACGACAAGACCAUGGCCAAUAUUCCGAAUCGCAAAAGGAUCAAGGCACAGAGUGCCCGAGUUGUAGAAGAAGCUUCCAAGCGGGAACAACAAUAGCUUUUUGUUUGGCUUAGUGUCUAUAAACAUUAUUAUAUUGUCAAAACCAUUUAAACUAUCGUCGCAAAAUUUUUGUACAUUUGACUUAUCAAUUCUUAAAAUACAACAACGAUCGCUUUUUUAACAUAUAUAUAA